UCCUGAGGCUUUCAGUGUCAUCAAAUGCAACGGUGUAAACGAUAAACUUUCGGAUAAUACCUAUACUUUUAUAUUUUAUUUUGUGUCACUUACAGAAGGAACAUAACUUCUAAAGAUUCGCCAUCGGUAUACUUAUAAUACAAGCUUUUAGAUUUUUCAUAGUAACAUACCAUGAAAUUUACUAUAAAAAUGGAACCAUUAGUUGUUGACACAGUUUACAUGUACGAAAAAGAUAAUGCUAAAAUUCACAAUACAAUAAACUAUGAAUUAGUUCAUCUGGAUCCACCGACACCGAUUCUUCGUCGUGGACAAACUUUUAACAUUGCGAUCAGAUUUGAUCGGGAGUACAAUGAUGAAACAGAUAUUGUGAGAUUAUUAUUCAACUUUGGACCGAAUCCAAACAUUUUUCGCGGAACACAAGGAGUAGAUGUUGUAAAAUCGCGUGAUUCAUAUUUAACAGACCUUGAAGCCUGGGGUGUCAGGAUGAUUGGUGUCAGUGAAACAGAUUUGUCAGUUGAAGUAAGAAGUCCCGUUGACAGUCCGGUUGGUGUAUGGCAACUAAAUAUUGAAACGACUACUACUGACAGUAAAGAUGCACCAAACGUUUAUCAGUAUGACAAUGACAUUUACUUGCUUUUCAAUCCUUGGAUAAAAGAGGAUUUGGUUUACAUAAAAGAUGAAACUUUACUAGAUGAGUAUAUUUUGAAUGACGUCGGUAAAAUUUGGAUUGGACCACAUGGAAGUACUAGAGGAAGAGAAUGGAUUUUUGGACAAUUUGAUGCCAGUGUUUUACCAGCUUGUAUGUUAAUGUUUGAAAAAUCAAAUACUAAGCCAAUAUUACGUGGAGAUCCUGUUAAAGUCGCACGAAUCAUUUCGAAAAUGGUCAAUUGUUACAAUAUAAUAGACGAUAAAGAAGUAUUUAAUGGUAUCCUGUUUGGUCGGUGGGACGGUAAAUAUGAAGAUGGGACCGCGCCAGCAGCAUGGACUGGAAGUGUACCGAUUUUGGAACAAUAUCUUGAAUCAGGCGGCGAUUACGUAAAAUAUGGUCAAUGCUGGGUAUUUGCCGGAGUUGUUACAACUAUUUGUCGUGCUCUGGGAUUACCAUCACGUGUAAUUACCAAUCUGGUAUCAGCUCACGAUGCGAAUGCAUCGCUUUCGAUAGAUCGUUAUUACGACAUUAACAUGAAACCGCUAGAACGUGAUCCAAACAACUUGACCAAUACUGAUUCGAUAUGGAACUAUCACGUUUGGAAUGAUGUAUGGAUGGCACGCCCAGAUUUACCGAAAGGAUACGGAGGUUGGCAAGCUAUUGACGGAACACCUCAAGAAGCUUCUGAUGGAUUUUAUCGUUGUGGACCGGCAUCUGUGGAAGCUAUCAAACAAGGAGUCGUUGGAUUAAAUUACGAUAUCACUUUCUUAGUUGCUACUGUUAAUGCUGAUGUAAUUGGCUGGAAAGAAGAUCCCAAUAGCAUUAUUGGAUUUUCACGUAUUAAUGGUGAUACCAAACAUAUUGGACGAAUGAUUCUUACAAAGGCACCUUGGAUCUUUGAUCCGAAUGGUGAUAGAGAUCGUGAAGACAUCACAUUACAAUACAAAUCCCCAGAAGGUUCCGGAGAUGAAAGAUUAACCUUGUACCGAGCCGUACGUAGCACUCCGACCGCCAAAAGAUUUUUUUCAGUACCGGCUCCUGAAAACGAGGACCUUGAAUUCAAGCUAGUUGAUUUAGAACGAGUUAACAUUGGUGAAACAUUCUCCAUCACCGUGAAUAUUGUUAACAAAGCAGCUGUACCAAGAACUAUUAAAGCUGUACUUUGGGCUGGAAGUGUUUAUUACAAUGGCGUCAAGGCAAACCUGGUAAAAAGAGCUGAAGGCAAUUUCGUUGUGCAACCUAAUGCUAAGGAACAACUUAGAUUAAAAGUUACUGUUGAUGAAUAUUUAGAUAAAUUAGUUGAGUAUUCAAUUAUGAAAAUAAAUGCCAUUGCAACAGUAGAGGAAACCAAUCAAACCUGGGCAGAUGAAGAUGAUUUCCAAGUUAUUAAGCCAACUAUUAAAGUACAGAUCGCGGGAGAUCCGAUGGUCGGCCAAUCAUCAACAAUUACCUUAAGUUUUAGAAAUCCUCUGAAAAUAGCUUUAACUAACUGUGUGUUCAAUUAUGCUGGACCAGGAAUUUCGAAAAAUAAAACAUUGAAAUUUCGCGAUGUUGGUCCAUUAGAAGACAUACAAGUGGAACAUGAAUUAGUACCACAAAAAAGUGGACGACAACAAAUUAUCGCAACUUUCACAUCAGAUCAACUUGUCGAUGUUACUGGUUCUGCUACGGUCGAUGUUUACGAAGAAUAAAUUUUUUUUUUUAUUUUAAUCAUUAUAUUACAUGUUAGUUUUCUUCAUGUAUUAAAAAGACAUAUAUUUUUUACCUCUCAAAUGAGAUGUAUCUAUCUUUAUAAAUAAAAAUAUAAAUUUUCUAUGUUAA